UAGGAGCAAGAAAAGAAAAAGAGAGAUUUUUAGAGAGAGAGUUUAGCUAACCUAUUUUCUUUCCCUUCCUUUCUUGGCCAUUUCCUGCUUUCAUCCUCCCAACAAAUCCUUUGUCCUUCCUUCCAUUUCUCUAGGAUCAGUAUAGCUGUUGGAAUUUCCACCAAGGAACACCAAAAUUAAGCAUGGAAGGAAGAUCCCCUGUUGUUGUUUUUGCAUUAUCGGCAACAUGGAUACCCACCUUCUAUUCUUCCCUUCAAACCAUGAAGGAGGAGCUUUUGAGUGUGAAUUUAUAUGGAUGGAAAAGUGACAUAUGUGAGUUGGUAUCUUGCAAUACAAGUACUGGAGACCAGAAGAGAGAGCCCAGUAGACCAUAGACUAAGAUUUUUUGGAAUCCAGAUAUACACUUGAGUCUAGUGUCACCAUCCCCUGCAGUGCAUUUUGAUAAGAGCAAGGAGAAAGCAGCAGAGUGAGCUGCGGGAUUGACAAGAACUUUUUGAUCCCUUUUGUACGGAUAUUGUUUUAUACCCUUAUGGUUAUUUUGAUGUAAAUACUGUAAUGUCAUAAGUAUCGAUGUAAAUUGAGCAGUUGUAAAUAAAUUAUAAUAAUAUUAUUUUGGGUUGCUUCUGUAAAUUUAAUAUUUGUAAAUAUGAAUUUUCUACUUUAUGCCUUGUUAAUGAAGUAUUAAAAAUUUUGUGUGAUGACCAAAUUUGAUUAAAUUGUGGAAAUUGCUUUGAAGUGAUUUGAAUUGGGUUGAUUUGAGUUUUAUUGGAGAUUGGGAGUUGUGGAAAACUUUUGGAAGUGCUUUUUACAGGUCUUUGAAGAACUGGUUUCUCAAAAUACAGAGGGAACUCUGUCAAAAUUUUUAUAAAAUUUGCGGCAAAAUUUAAAAUGGACAAAAUUUUUUUACUAGUAUUUAAACUUGAAUAAAUGGUUUUUAAUUCCCACUAAAAUGCUCACCACUUCCAAAAUGUAAGAAAAUUAUUUUAAAAUCCCUUGUAGAGUACUUAAUGAGUUAUCGGUAGGUGAAGUUCGGUAGUUCAUUAAGUAUUCUACGGGAUCAUGUUAUGCCUUACGGAGGGGUAAGGUGUGACAUGUUUUAGUGGUAUCAGAGCAUGGUUUUGCAAUAAAUUUUGACUAUGUAUGUGUAUGAACAUUUUAUUGAUAAGUACAACUGCUCAAGUGUCUUUAAUUGAUACAUAUGACAUAUUUACAUCAUGAAUAUGCAUUAACGGAGGUCAACCUCCUUGUGUUUAAUCUCAGGAAGUAGAAAAUUUGAGAAAACAGAAUGGAAGGAGGAGAUCAUUCCGAAGAACAAUCUGUUGAGGCUGAGGUUCAAGGGGAAGCCCCAGCACUCCAAAACGUGAGUGGGUCAGCCACUCCAGCUCCUAUUCCAGCACCGCAGUUUCCUGCUCAAUUUAUGCAGCAGAUGGCUGCCUUCUUCCAGCAAAUGGCGGGUAAUGUGCCACCCCAAGCUCAAAUGCCAGUACCUGUAGCACAACCACAGCCCUUAGCUCGGCAAUAUGAAAAACUGAUGAAAUUUUGGGCCACCGAGUUUAAAGGCACUGUGGAUCCACUGGAGGCAGAACAGUGGUUGGAAAGAAUGGAACGAGUUUACAGAAAACUGCAGUGUACGGAAGAAAUGAAGUUCGAGUAUUCUGUUUCCUUGUUACAAGGGGAUACAUAUGGAUGGUGGAAAACCAUCCCCCACAGCCUAGUUGAGCCACCUGUGUUGACAUGGACAGACUUCCUGAGGGAAUUCAGGCAGAAAUGGGUUCCUGAUGCUUAUGUAGAUAAGAAAUUACAAGAAUUCUUGAGUUUGAGGCAAGGGGACCGAACCAUAGCAGAGUAUGAGAGAGACUUCUCAAGGCUAAGCCACUAUGCUGGAAGCUUAGUCUCCACCCCCAGAGACAGAUGCAAGAGGUUUGAGUCCGGGCUAAGGCCAAGUCUGAGAAUGCAAGUUGUGGGUUUCAGACAUUAGAAUUUUGCUGAAUUGAUCUCACAAGCCUUGGAAUUAGAAAGGAUAGAAUCCGAAGGGGCAGUGAAAAAGGGUUCAUAAGAGAAAGAGAAGGCUGAAAAGACUACUGGACAAGCAUCUGAAAGUGGUUCUAGCAAGAGGAAACAGUUUGGGGGAUCUAGCUCCCGUAGAGGCAGAGGCAGAGGCAGAUUUUCUGGCCAAAGACCACCUCGGUCUGGUCAGCUGACCCAACAAGCUUAUCGAGGAUCUCUAUCGGUCCGACAGUGUGAAACGUGUGGUAGAACUCAUGGUGGGGUUUGUUUCAAGGCUACUGGUGCAUGCUUUAAUUGUGGAGGAAGCAGACAUUUCGCUAAGGAUUGCACUAGUCCUCGCCGGUCUGGAUCUUUUGCCACAUCUGAAGGAUCAACCCAAGUCUCUGAACCCAGAGGGUCACAGUCAGCUGCUAGAGGUAGAGGCAGAGGCAGAGGUAGGGGUCCUGGCAACACCUCUGGAAGUCAGAGCACUGUUAACCAGCCAGUACCUAGUGGCGCACAAGUCAGAGUGUAUACCAUGCGUCAGAGGGAGGAGGCUGAAACA